ACUGGCAUGGACUGAAACUAUUAAACUCAGUGGAAGAGUACUGAGUCAAUCACUGUGUGGACUGAUCCUGAGGUGUAUAUAUGUAUGCAGCCAUGGCCAUGAGUAUUGGUGGUGCAGUACUGAUGAUGCUGAUAGCUACUGGAGCAAUGGUCUCUGGACAGCAAAUUUGGUUCACCCUGGGAUCAACCACCAUCACUACUAACAAUACUGAGAUCCUCAUCACUGACAUUGGAGAGGGUGCUGGUCUCCCUUCUCUCUUCUGUCGUACUAUCUUCACUAACUGCUGUAGAAAUGUUGCUGAGAACGGUGGUAUGGGAGCACUAGGACAGUGGACCUUUCCUGAUGGAAGUGUGGUACUGAGGAAUGGUGCCUCAGGGGAUGCUGGAGAUCAGUUCUACAUAAACAGGAAUGCACCUCAGCUCAUCAGACUAAACCGUAGACAGAAUGUCAACCCCCUCACUCCAACCGGGUCCUACUGUUGUACUGUACCAACUACUGGAGGAGUAGAGAUGACCCUCUGUGCUAACCUGGUUCUGUGCCCCUCCCUCACACUGACGGAUGGAGUGAUCUCCUACUCUGACCCAACACUGGGUAGGGACACUGUGGCCACUCACACCUGUGAGGCUGGGUCUGCCCUCACCACUGACCUCACUACCAGGACCUGUGGAGUGACUGGUGACUGGUCCGGGUCACCUCUGGUGUGUGCAGGGACUGCCUGUCCAGACCUCACUGAUCUACACAAUGGAGUGAUCAGCUACAACACUGUAUCAGUUAAUGGCUACAGACGAGUUACUGCUGUGGCCACUCACACCUGUGACACUGGCUUCACACUAACUAAUGGUACCUCAGUGAGGACAUGUACUGCUGGUGCUUGGGAUGGCAGUGAACCAACUUGUACAACUGUAAACUGUGGAGCCCCUCCCACUAUUUCUGACGGCAGUAGGACACUGGCUGGUACAACAUUUGGAGAGAUGGCCACCUACACCUGCACCACUAGUGGGUUCAGUAUCUCUGGAUCAGCCACCAUAACUUGUCAGGCUAAUGGGAGCUGGGAACCUGAGCCAGCCUGUACUAUGGAUCCCAUUGAUUGUGGGACACCUCCCCCUGUCUCUAAUGGCUCUCCUGGAGCACCCUCACCUGACACAAUGCUCAAUGGAGUGGUGACCUACACCUGUGUCACUGGGUACGAGGUCUCCACUGGAGCCACCACAGCACAGGCUACCUGUGUGGCUAGUGGAGUGUGGGAGACUGUGCCAACUUGUUCACCUGUGAACUGUGGAGCCCCUCCCACUAUUUCUGACGGCAGUAGGUCACUAGCUGGUACAACAUUUGGAGAGAUGGCCACCUACACCUGCACCACUAGUGGGUUCAGUAUCUCUGGAUCAGCCACCAUAACUUGUCAGGCUAAUGGGAGCUGGGAACCUGAGCCAGCCUGUACUAUGGAUCCCAUUGAUUGUGGGACACCUCCCUCUGUCUCUAAUGGCUCUCCUGGAGCACCCUCACCUGACACAAUGCUCAAUGGAAUGGUGACCUACACCUGUGACACUGGGUACGAGGUCUCCACUGGAGUCACCACAGCAAUGGCUACCUGUAUGGCUAGUGGAGUGUGGGAGACUGUACCAACUUGUUCACUUGUUGACUGUGGAGCCCCUCCCACUAUUUCUGACGGCAGUAGGACAAUAGCUGGUACAACAUUUGGAGAGAUGGCCACCUACACCUGCACCACUAGUGGGUUCAGUAUCUCUGGAUCAGCCACCAUAACUUGUCAGGCUAAUGGGAGCUGGGAACCUGAGCCAGCCUGUACUAUGGAUUCCAUUGAUUGUGGGACACCUCCCUCUGUCUCUAAUGGCUCUCCUGGAGCACCCUCACCUGACACAAUGCUCAAUGGAAUGGUGACCUACACCUGUGACACUGGGUACGAGGUCUCCACUGGAGUCACCACAGCAAUGGCUACCUGUAUGGCUAGUGGGACCUGGGGACCUCUACCAACUUGUUCACGUGUCUCAUGUGGUGUCCCUCCUCCUGGUACCAAUGCAUCUCCUGGAACACCCACCAGCACAGUGUACCAAGGGACAAUGACCUACACCUGUGACACUGGAUACCAGGUCUCCAAUGGAAUCACCACAGCAACGGCUACCUGUGUGGCUAAUAGGAUGUGGGAGCCUGUACCAACUUGUUCACCUGUGGAUUGUGGGGCACCUCCACCUGUCACCAAUGCAUCUCCUGGAGCACCAACCAGCACAAUUCUCGGAGGGACACUCCUCUACACCUGUGUCAGUGGGUACGAGGUCUCCACUGGAGUCACCACAGCAAUGGCUACCUGUAUGGCUAGUGGGACCUGGGGAUCUCUACCAAAUUGCUCACCUGUGAACUGUGGAGCCCCUUCCACUAUUUCUGAUGGCAGUAGGUCACUAGCUGGUACAACAUUUGGAGAGAUGGCCACCUACACCUGCACCACUAGUGGGUUCAGUAUCUCUGGAUCAGCCACCAUAACUUGUCAGGCUAAUGGGAGCUGGGAACCUGAGCCAGCCUGUACUAUGGAUCCCAUUGAUUGUGGGACACCUCCCUCUGUCUCUAAUGGCUCUCCUGGAGCACCCUCACCUGACACAAUGCUUAAUGGAGUGGUGACCUACACCUGUGACACUGGGUACGAGGUCUCCACUGGAGUCACCACAGCAAUGGUUACCUGUAUGGCUAGUGGGACCUGGGGACCUCUACCAACUUGUUCACGUGUCUCAUGUGGUGUCCCUCCUCCUGGUACCAAUGCAUCUCCUGGAACACCCACCAGCACAGUGUACCAAGGGACAGUGACCUACACCUGUGACACUGGAUACCAGGUCUCCAAUGGAAUCACCACAGCAACGGCUACCUGUAUGGCUAAUAGGAUGUGGGAGCCUGUACCAACUUGUUCACCUGUGGAUUGUGGGGCACCUCCACCUGUCACCAAUGCAUCUCCUGGAGCACCAACCAGCACAAUUCUCGGAGGGACACUCCUCUACACCUGUGUCAGUGGGUACGAGGUCUCCACUGGAGUCACCACAGCAAUGGCUACCUGUAUGGCUAGUGGGACCUGGGGAUCUCUACCAAAUUGCUCACCUGUGAACUGUGGAGCCCCUUCCACUAUUUCUGAUGGCAGUAGGUCACUAGCUGGUACAACAUUUGGAGAGAUGGCCACCUACACCUGCACCACUAGUGGGUUCAGUAUCUCUGGAUCAGCCACCAUAACUUGUCAGGCUAAUGGGAGCUGGGAACCUGAGCCAGCCUGUACUAUGGAUCCCAUUGAUUGUGGGAUACCUCCCUCUGUCUCUAAUGGCUCUCCUGGAGCACCCUCACCUGACACAAUGCUCAAUGGAGUGGUGACCUACACCUGUGUCAGUGGGUAUGAGGUCUCCACUGGAGUCACCACAGCAAUGGUUACCUGUAUGGCUAGUGGGACCUGGGGACCUCUACCAACUUGUUCACGUGUCUCAUGUGGUGUCCCUCCUCCUGGUACCAAUGCAUCUCCUGGAACACCCACCAGCACAGUGUACCAAGGGACAUUGACCUACACCUGUGACACUGGAUACCAGGUCUCCAAUGGAAUCACCACAACAACGGCUACCUGUAUGGCUAAUAGGAUGUGGGAGCCUGUACCAACUUGUUCACCUGUGGAUUGUGGGGCACCUCCACCUGUCACCAAUGCAUCUCCUGGAGCACCAACCAGCACAAUUCUCGGAGGGACACUCCUCUACACCUGUGUCAGUGGGUAUGAGGUCUCCACUGGAGUCACCACAGCAAUGGCUACCUGUAUGGCUAGUGGGACCUGGGGAUCUCUACCAAAUUGCUCACCUGUGGAUUGUGGUGAAGCUCCCUCUGUCUCUAAUGCCUCUCCUGGAGCACCCUCACCUGACACAACUCUUGGAGGGAUGGUGACCUACACCUGUACCUCUGGUGUUUUGGUGGGAGGGGCCACUGUGACCUGUGAGGCCAGUGGAGACUGGAGCACUACACCAACCUGCUUAGAUGCCCCCCCUCCUGAGGUGUUGACUGGUGUGCCUGUGAGGGAGGAGCGUUGUGGACAAGUGUCUUCCAUCACCUGUACUGCAUCUGUCAUUGAUAACUUUGUAGCCACACCCACCUUCGUGUGGAGGGGGCCGGGUGAAGACAUUGUGGACUCUGACAACAUUCUCAACUUGACCUCUAUGAUGACUGGAGGAGAGUACACUUGUAUGGCUUGUGUGAAUGUGCCACAAGUCAAUAUCAUCAAUCUCUGUACCAACUCAACCAUCACCAUACAGGACACCACCCCCCAGCCAGUGAGUGAUGUGAUGUGUUCCUCCCUCUCUCCCUCCACUCUGAGUGUGAGCUGGUCCCCUCCAACUAACCCUGUCCUCAGUUAUCAGGUGGAGGUCAAAGAAUACAGUAAAGUGGCUGUAGGGAACAUAGUCAGUCUCUCCACUCCAUUUGACAGUGAGAACGUUAUCACCACGACCACUGUGGAGGGUCUAGUUCCCUCUACCCGGUACCUGGUCAGUGUUGAGGCAGUGAGUGGUGUCGGCUGUAGUGCUGUCACUGAGAUAGACUGCUACACUGAGCAAACACAACCCCCAGUGAUUACCGGGGUAACUGCAGACAGGCUUAAUGGGACUUCCAUGAAUGUCAGCUGGACUUCACUCAACAAAGCUCAGUCCAAUGGCUUCAUUCAGAGUUACAUAGUGACAUACUCUGUUGCCACGGCAACACCCAAUCGUAAGAGACAAGGCCCUCAACAAGUGACGGUAUCCAGUGACAAGAGCAGCACUAUCAUUGGAGGACUGGACCCGGGGUCAGAGUACAGUGUUGGUGUGAGCGCUAGUGGAGCAGGGGGAACUUCAGAUUCCUCUCCUCUGAUGGUGUCCCCCACCAUCUCCCCCAUAACCUCUGUGUUGUUCCAGCUCAGGCUUACCAACAUCCCCAGCUGUCCUGACUGGGUGGACCAGAAUGGGAGGAUAGAAGCUGUCACUGAAGCACUGGUGUCUGAGAUCCAGGGUGUUUGUCAGUGUUCCUUUGCUCUUAGUGAUAUCCAAGAGCCAUCCUUCCAAUGCUUCCCAGAGUCAAACCAAGCUGUAACGUUCCGUGCCAUCACUACCUCCACCUUCAUUGGUGACAUAUCACGCUGGAUUGCUGACGAUGGUUUACUGAGAGUACAGAGGGUUUUUAUACGAGUGGAUAAAACAUGUCAGGUGGAGAUAUCGAGCUUUGAGGACACCGAGUGUAACACUAUACCUGUGGGUAGUGAGUCAUCAGCUGCAGUGAUUGGUGGAGUGGUGGGAGGAGUGGUCAUUGUCCUUAUCAUUGCUGUUACCAUUACAGUCAUAGUGAUUGCUGUGCUGGUGUUUAAGAGCAGGAGAGAGAAACUGACUGUCCACAGAACAACAAAACGUGCUCUACCCCCCGUGUCCCUAAAGGGUGUGGUCAGUACUGGUGAGAUAAAACCAUACGAGAUAAUAGAAAUGGGUGAUCAUGAAUAUGAGGAAGUAUCCAAGUUCCAGAAACCAAGUGGUGGAGAGUAUGAGAUGGUGGGAGGCCCAUCAGCUGGCUAUGAGAACAGGGCUGCUAUAAUGGCCACCAAACAAAUAUCACCGCCCCCUCCGCCCCCUCCACAACCCUCACAACCCUCACAACAGGAGACAGUGGAUGCUGGGGGUGACUUUGAGGUCACUGAGUGCAUUGCCUACAGCACGACCACCCAUGGCCCCCCUCCCCCCAGCACUACCAGUGGAGACCCACUGUAUGCUAACUGACACUAAUGGACUUUAUCACCAACUCAUUCAUACACUCCCAACAUGAUUGUAGAAUUUUUCAGUUUUUUGUGGAUACAAAUUUUCUUUUAGUUUAUAGAUAGCAUUUGCAUAGCAAUUGUUUCACCUCUCAUUUUGUAAGUGAUCAAAUGAUCACUGAUGACUUAUAGCAAAUAUGUCAUGAUCAAUGCAGUAUAAUUAUUG